UAUUAGUAUAUUUUUUUUUGUAGAGAGCAACACUAACGCAAAGUAGAUUUUCGGAAGGGCUGUAAGAUUUUUGCAAAAUAUUUAAAAUUGUGCUAUAAAAAUGCUUUCACGCGCAGCUUUGCGUUCAGUCGUCGCCCGACAGUCCACACCCACAGCUCUGGUGGUAGCCCGGGGAUCUGCUUCAGAAGUCUCCGGAGCCAGAGACGAACAGAACUUCCCCAGGCCGGUGCGUCAAGAACCAGGCAAAGUCAGGCUUGGAUUCGUUCCAGAAGAAUGGUUCCAAUUCUUCCACUCGAAGACCGGUGUGACCGGCCCUUACACAUUCGGUGUUGGCCUCACCACGUACCUCUUCAGCAAGGAGAUAUACAUAAUGGAACACGAGUUCUACACCGGCCUGUCACUGUUGCUGAUGGUUUGGUUCGCAACUAAGAAGUUCGGACCAAGCAUCUCUGCUUGGCUGGACAAGGAAGUUGAUGAUGUCGAAAACAGUUGGAACGAGGGCCGCCGGGACGCCAUUAAGAACCUGGAGCAGGCCAUUGAAGACGAGAAGAAGUCACAGUGGAGAGCCGAGGGCCAGGAGCUCCUGAUUCAGGCGAAGAAGGAGAAUGUGUUGCUGCAGCUCGAGGCUGCUUACAGGGAGCGAGUGAUGCAUGCUUACUCGGAGGUCAAACGCCGCUUGGACUACCAACUCGAGAAGGCCACUGUUGAGCGUCGUAUUGGCCAGAAGCACUUGGUGGAGUGGGUGGUGGCCAACGUCACCAAGGCCAUUACCCCGGACCAAGAGAAACAAACCCUGGACCGCUGCAUUGCAGACUUGGGAGCCAUCGCUGCCAGGAAAUAGAUUCGAAUGUAGACUGCGGAUGUUAUGUAUAAAAUGUAAUUUAAAGUAAAUCGUUCUAUCUA